UGAGCUGAAACAAGACAGGAUGUGCAGGCACGUUCUGACUCCCAUGAAACCCCGCCCUUGGGCCCCAGCCCCCUUCCAGAUGGGGCCCCUUUAAAUGCAAGGUUCUGUCUUCCAGAAGGCCCCUCCCAGUCUCCUGGGGAGCCAAGUAAACAAAAGUGGGACCCUAGCUUCUGACAUGGCUUCCCCUUGCUCUGGGGACCUCAGCCCCACUGGUCUGCCCCCGGCCCCUAUCGCCACUCCAGGUCCCGCUGCGCCCCCCGCGCCGCGCUUCCCCGACAUCUACGGCGGCGACGCGCAGCUCUGGGAGGCGCAUUUCCGCGGCAUCGGGCGCGCCUACCGCGCGCUGGGCAAGGAGGACGACUUCGCCAUCCGCGUGCUCACGGAGGACUUCACCCUGCCCUUCCCGUUCGCCUGGCCGCCGGGGCCCGAUCCGGCCACCGGGCCGCUCUUCUACGACCCGCGGGACCGCGCGGGCUUCGACUUUCUGCUGCGCGGCCCCGGUGCGCCGCCCCCCGCGCUGCUGCGACCCCUGCACGCCACGGCGCAGGCGGCCGAGCGCAAGCGACGUCUGGAGCGCCUGGCGCUGAGCUACGCCGGUGCGGGCCGCCCCCCUGGCUUGGUGCUGCUGGCGCCUGCUGGCGCCUUCCCACCCGAGGCGGGCCGUCCUGCUUGGCGCGCCCUGGGCCGCGACAGCGAAUAAAGCCUCUGCCUCUCGUGUCUCCUUGCCCUCCACCUUGCGCCAGGGAAGCCGGGGAAGGGGCGCACGGGACACGAUGCCUGCACGAACUCAACCGUCUAGUGAGUCGGCGAGCCAGAUGGAAAAGGUGACCCAGGCAGGCUGCAAGAGGGAGAAGA